AUGUCGAACGACCCUGAAACAAAACGAGCUUCAACCGGCAACAAGAUGGUGGAUAAAAAGCGCCCCGCUGUGGGAACACCGAUGCCAACGACGGGAAAGAAGACUCGCUCGGGUGCUCCGGAGGCUACUGAAUGGGAUCUGACGCCGAAUGAAAUGCACCGGUUCAUUCCAUCUGAGAUCCGAGACUAUGUCGGGAAUGCCAAGUCGAAGGAUGACUUUUUCAAUAGAAUGCAGGUGGCGUUCUGCUGCCUAUUCUACCGGUGUCACUACUACUCGGAGAAGAUGAUUCUGGCGGUCGUCAACGAGCUCGAUCCACAGGUCUUUCAACUCUCGGAAGACGACAACAAGAAAAUCGGGAAGCGUUUUGAGAUCCUCCUUACCGAGAUUGCAUCGAUCCAUAUGCGGCUCACAACCUACUUUGUCAAGGAAACUACCAGGGGCAAGACGCUUUCGAAGGAAGUCGCCAGGUGCCGUGCUGCGAAGGUCAAGCUACCGAAACUCGAUCCCAAGGAGGUAUUGGAGGCUUUGCAGUUAACUCCGAGGACAGUGCGUCUCCUGUGGAUGCCGAUCGUUCCCGUUGUGGCCGAGGAGGAGUGGGGACCUUCCGAUGCAGGAGAGUACAUGGUCUAUUUCAGAACUUUGACCGGAAUCUUCCUCGCGAGGAUGGCCAGACUGUUUUCGGAGAGACGUGAACAGCUCACUACCCAUGCUCAGAUUUUGCUCUUUUCCGACAACUCGCAUCCGAAGGCCGACCGGGAGUGGCCUACGUGGAACCUGGAGCGCUCGGGGCUCAAGCACUACGUGAAUGGGGUGUUUCUGACGGAGGUGGACCGCAAGAAGAUCGAUUCAUACUUUUCCCGGCAGGAUAAACUCGUCGGUGCGAAGCGACCGCAAGAUGCGGAUUCUGAGGAUGCAGUUGAUGAGGUAGACAAGGGGUCACCCGUGGCCACGGCCACCGACCUUCUCGGAGGAUCACAGAACGAGGUUACCGGCAGGCCUAUCUAUUUUGGAUCAGAAUUCCGAGAGACCGGCGGCGUCGGUAUGUCAAAAGAAGUGAUGGGCGAAGUUCUUUCGGCGGAUCAGCCUCACAACAACAGCCUUACUGGUGUCCUCCGCGAUACGAUCCACCGUCUCGAGACCCCCGAAGUCGAAAUUGCGGAGAUCGCCGCGUUGGCUACGGUUGGAGUCCGGGGACUUACGAGGUACGCGAUGGAGCGUAUUCUCGCCGAGAGUCAGAUCAUCGUCGACGCCAUCCAUGCCGGCGAGGGCGUGCUGAAGGCCAACAAAGACAAACUCUGGGAGCUGCAGCUAGCGCUUGCCGAACAGGAGAAAAAGGCGGAAUGGUUGCGUGAGCAGCAAGACAAACUCCGUCUCUCAGAUGCCGAAGUCGAGGAAAAAAACCGAGAGCUCGAAUUGAUGAUCAAGAAUAGAAUGCGCUGA